GGUUCGUGGCUGUGGCCGGGGAGAGCGGGUUCAUGGGCGCCACGGGCAUCCUGGAGUUUGGGCCGCAGUUCAACUAUACUGCGAGGGAACUCGUGCAGGAUUGCCAUGGAAUCGACUGCGACGUGUUUGAGACUUGUCUGGAUAAGCCAGAAGAGGGACUGUCUGUUCUCUAUACUUACUAUUGGUCUAAUAAAGAGUGGAACUUGCAAAAUAACAAGGAACCAGUGCCCAUAGCCGUCGAGAUCUAUGCCAACGGCGCAGUCGCUGGCCAAACCGACGGGGAAAUUAUGGUGCGAUAUGAUUUCUUUGACUUCCAAAGAGAGUUUCGUCCAUCGCGUUAUGUCCUUGAGCCCCCACAGGACGUCUACUGUACCGACAGGAAAACCUACCUCAGUCCUCCAAAGACCGUCCAGUCCUUCAGCUACAAAUCAGAACACAUUACUGGUGUGAACAUCCCUUUCCCAAGCGGAGAUAAUGAUACAUUUCUUUUGCGUUUUCGUGGAAUAUUUCCAAAAGAUGAAUGGUACGACUGGGACACGAGGAUCACCCGCAUGGACUACACUCCCUUUUACGUUAUAAGAAACGAACGUCGCUUCGAGAACCUCACCAGACGCGUACACGACUUCAAUCAAGGUUUGGCCUACGUAAUCAAGCCAAGACUGAACUUCUGCAACAUCACCAAGAUCGAAAAUGUGACAAGUUGGGGAGACGUGAUGGUCGGGAAGACGGUUCCGUUUUCAUGCAGAGUCCCUGGAACUACGAGGACCUUGACGAACCCAUGCAGUACAACGGCAUUCACUGGGAGCGUGGCUUAGAGACCGAUGUUUGGGUCGGCGUCAAGAAGAAUCCGCACCUUGGAAUCAAAGAAAAUUACGUUUGGUACUUUGCAUCGCCUUUGACAAAUGAAAUAUUAGGACGCCAAAGUCCUAAAUUACCAAGCUUCCCAACACUCGACAAGGUCCCAGUAAAAUUGGAGAAAUACAUUUCACUGAUGGAGGGGUUCCCACACGUCAUCUACAACAUCUACGACUACAACUCAGAGGUGCCCCACACUCACAAGCACGACGUGUCGCUUUGCUUCUCCCCCAGACAGAUGAGGCACUUCAAGUUCGACCUCCCGGCCAAUUCGCUCAACAAAACCUAUUACCUCAGAGAGAACGUCAAGUACGCGACGAUGCAAACGCUCGCCGAAGCUGCCAAAGUAUCGCCCAUAAGAAUUAAUCGCCUGGAAAUAAACGAGACAUCUGCGGCUCUGGAGGUGACGUUUACUGUCCUGGAGAAGCCGUCGAUCGUGGGUGACGUGCCGGGCGCCGGGAUGGACAGCAGCAUGGACGAGGCGGUGGAGCUGAUCCGGGCCACCCUCGACUCAUCUCAGCUGGUCGUCCUGGUCAAGAUCAGCGUAGGAAUCGGGGGCCUGAGUGUCGACAAGAAACUCGUUGGCUUACCAGGGACGCUUCGGGAGAUUAGCAGAGACGACGGUUUCAUUCGCGGGAAGGAGACCCUCGUCGGCUAUUCGUCAGGCGACAUGGCAGGGUUGGCCAUCGGAAUGAUCAUUCUGGGCGGCUUAAUUGGCUACGGAGCAAUCUACUUUUAUCUAAAGAAGCAGUAGCUCAGACCUGCUGAAAUAGACCGACACAUAUCUUCAAAUGGAUGGAAGUAUUCCGGAAUAACAAAGUGUAUCAUAGCAUUAAAUUUGCGAAAUGCCGUACUGUACAUCGUAAAUCAUGAGAAAUAUUUAACUUCUAUGAAUAUAACUAGAUUGACCUUCUUGCUUUUAAGCUGAUGAAAAUCUUGCCUGUUUUAUGUAUAAUUCAGAAUAGAGGCCUCCUGGCCAUCAAAUGCAAAAGGAAAUCCGUACUGGCUUACAUAUGAAAAAUGUAUAAUACAGACAAACACACACAUACAUAUCUCCCUAUCUAUCUACCUAUAUAUCUAUAUAUCUCUACAUCUAUAUAUCUAUUUAUAUUUACCUCUUUGUCUCUCUAUAUAUUAUUAUGUAUCAUGAUUUAUUUGGGAAUCACAGGUCUUGUAAUCCUGUAAUUUUUCUGCAAUCAAUAAUUAUGAUAUUCUAUA